AUGAAGCGCUCCGGGUCACUCCCGGGGUCAUUUUGGGGGUCUCGGGACUAUCCCGGGGGUCUCGGGGGUCAUUUUGGGGUCAUUUUGGGGGUCACUCCCGGGGUCAUUUUGGGGGUCUCGGGGUCCCUCGGGGUCAUUUCGGGGGUCUCAGGGUCACUCCGGGGGUCUCAGGGUCACUUCCGGGGGUCUCGGAGUCAUUUUGGGGUUCUUGGGGGUCAUUUUGGGGGGUCUCGAAGUAAUUUCGGGGUCACUCCCUGGGUCAUUUCGGGGGUCUUGGGGCAAUCCCGGGGGUCUCAGGGUCAUUUCGGGGGUCUCAGGGUCAUUUUGGGGCCAUCCCAGGGGUCACUCCGGGGGUCUCGGGGUCAUUUUGGGGGUCUUGGGGUCAUUUCGGGGGUCACUCCCGGGGGUCUCGGGUUCACUCCGGGGGUCUCGGAGUCAUUUUGGGGUCAUUUUGGGCGUCUCGGAGCCAUCCCAGUGGUCUCGGGGUCACUCCUUGGGGUGUCGGGGUCAUUUUGGGGUCAUUUUGGGGGUCUCGGGGUCAUUUUGGGGUCAUCCCGGGACCAUCCCGGGGUCACUCCCGGGGGUCUCGGGGUCAUUUCAGGGCCAUCCCGGGGGUCUCAGGGUCAUUUUGGGGUCACUCCGGGGGUCUCGGGGUCAUUUCGGGGUCACCCCGGGGGUCUCGGGGUCAUUUUGGGGGUCUCAGGGUCACUCCCGGGGUCAUUUCGGGGAUCUCGGGGUCAUUUCAGGGUCACCCCGGGGUUCUCGGGGUCAUUUUGGGGUCACCCCGGGGGAUUGGGGGUCAUUUUGGGGGUCUCAGGGUCACUCCCGGGGUCAUUUCGGGGGUCUCGGGGUCAUUUUGGGGGUCUUGGGGCCAUUCUGGGGUCAUUUUGGGGGUCUCAGGGUCACUCCGGGGGUCUCGGAGUCAUUUCGGGGUCACCCCGGGGGUCUCAGGGUCAUUUUGGGGGUCUUGGGGCCAUUCUGGGGGUCUCAGGUUCACUCCCGGGGUCACUCUGGGGGUCUCGGGGUCAUUUUGGGGUCACCCCGGGGGUCUCGGGGUCAUUCUGGGGGUCUCGGAGUAAUUUUGGGGUCAUUUUGGGGGUCUUGGGGGUCAUUUCGGGGGUAAUUUCGGGGGUCUCGGGGUCAUUUUGGGGGUCUCGGGGUCAUUUUGGGGUCAUUUUGGGGGUCUUGGAGUAG